UUACCACUGGUAACAACUUGGUGGUAACGAGUGGGAAUAACCCAGUUUAUUAGGUCGAUUCGAUGCCUGCCAUGGAGUGAUUGUUGCACCCAGGUUUGUAGUAUUUGUUUCGGUUCUGUGACUUCUUAAUUUUUUUGUUUGGUUUUGUCUUUUAAGUUGAGUGGAAUGAAUUUGUGAUCAGCGUCAGUGACGGCCUGGUGAAUUAGAGAAUGAGAGAAUCGAUUGUGAAAGAACUUUCUUAGAAAGAUUACCUGUUUGUUGUGGAAAUUUUUAAUGUCUAUUAAUCCCUGCCGCCUUCUGCUUUCGGUAGUGUCUGUCUCUGGGUGCAUCUCCUCGGAUGAUGUUUUCGGUAUUUGGUCAUUAAGGUGUUGGUCAUUUUUUUCAGGUUAGAGAAAUCGGUUUGGGAACACUGCAUUUCACCAAAAGAGUAGGUAAGUAUUGGUAUAGCGUAUGUGUUAAUAGCCUUAAUUGGGUUGCGUGCAUUAAGUUGAGUACUUACUCAGUUAAAAUUUUAUGACGCCUGGCCGUACUUUUUCUGUUUCAGUGCAAUUCUAGUAGUUUUAUGAUGACUUUAUUAUUAUUACUUCUUCGAAACCAUUAAUUUUCGCUGAGCAUACGUGGGGUUUAAAAGGGUUGCUUUUAAGGUCCAUCUAUCAUUGGCCUACGUUUGACCAUGACACCACAUAUAUCAAGUCUUUAUUACUCCAUACCUACUUAACUAUAUAUAUAAUAUAAUAUGUAUUGAAUGUAAUAUGUAAAUUAAUAAUAAAGAAAACAGACACAAGAUAACAAACACCAGCACACACACCACCACAUUUCAGUAGUCUGUACCCACUCGACAACGAUGUUUUCAUUUAAAUUAUCAGUAGCUUGUUGCAAUGAUCCAUACGAUAACUAGGUAGGUAUACCUAUAUUUCCUAAUCUACAGUUACAAAAUGACAACAUACAUUCAAAAAACGUUUUCAUACGUAUCUAACUCACAAAUACAGUACAAAAAUUGCGACUUCUAUUUCUAUCUAGGGUUAUUUCGAGUGCCCUAUACAAAACGAAUGCAGCAGAGCACUGAAAGAGAGUUCUAUAGCGGAGAAAGGUAUUAAGGUCCAUUCAUCGAUGGAAGCGCAGACUGCACGGGGUCCGUGGAGAGGGGGUCGAGGUUCCAGCUCACCUAUAGUAGCUACCCUAGUCAAGUGUUGCCAGGCGUACGGUAAUUAUCGUACAUUUACGAUAAUUUGGACUCCGGUACGAUGUACGUUACAAAGAACAUUCUCUUACGCAAAAGUACGGUGAUUUGAGCCCUUAGAUGAUACCUCUAAAAGUCUAGUAUUUGAAGCAAAAUAUGACACUUUUACUCAGAAUAGGCUAAAAUUAGAACCUUUUGGGUGUUUGGCUCCUUGGUAAGUCAAAAAUGUCGAAAUUUCCUGUAAACCGUUUGGAUCUAUCACAAAAAUACAUAAAUAUAAAAGUGAUUUUUGCGCAAUUUACUCGGCAAAUUGUAUUAUCUUUUUUGUAUUUAAGUUUAUUUUGCAAUAAAUUUUUGGGGUACUGCCUUUUUGAUAAGCGUACGAUAUUGUUUUCAACGGUACGAAAAUUUUGACACACGAAUACUAUAAUUCUCGUCCGCUCACGUGACAACACUGCCCUAGUCGCGGCAGUUGCGCGAGAACGACACUGCCGAUAAGGCGCCCGUGCUUUUUGCUUAACUCCUAUUAACAAAAAUAUAAAGACAAGGACUAUAGAAGAAAAUUUGUGGACUGUUUCUAAUGCUUGUGAAAUAAUCUUUUCCUGAGACUAUUGUGUGGCCAGUGUCUUGGCUAUAUGUGGUGUUUUAGUGCAUCUCCUGUCCUAACCGCAAUAAAAGGCAGAUAAUGCUUCAUCACUAAUUGCGUAAAGAUCAGCGUGAAAGGAGAGAUGGUCAGGGUGCGAAGGCGCACCGCCGCGCGAGUGACUUAGGCGAUGCACCGUCCCCAGCACUGACAACACCAUGCCAGCGCCGCUAGCCGCAUACUUAACACUCCUCACCGUCGUAUGGCUUUGUGCAAUCGCGGAUGAGAUCCCCUCGGCGGCGGUUCCGCGGUCCACCAACACCACGUCGGUACCUGCGGACCCGCGGUCGCCAGUAGGCCGUGUGCCGCCGUACCAGCCACCGGUUGGGGCCGGACCUGUGCCUGGCUAUCGGCCCCAUAACCCGUAUACACGGGUGGAACCAUGGCACCAACGACCAUGGAUAUUCGAUAGAAACGCGGACAUCAUAGCGGAAGACAUUGAUCACGAGGAAGACGAUGGCGGCUGUAACGUUCCGUGUCCUAAGGAAAACUUUUCCUGCCAGAUCUCAUGCACCUGCAUUACAAUGGAGAAGCGAUGCGACGGCGUCGCGGACUGCGCCGAGGCGGAGGACGAGGCGGGCUGCACGCGCUCCUGCGAGGAGCAUGAGAACCGAACCCUCUGCCACACCACCAACAUCUGCAUCGCCGUCGAGUGGCUCUGCGACGGCGAUAACGACUGCGGAGAUUUCUCUGACGAGACACACUGUGGUGGCACAGGCAACUGCACGGCAGACCAAUUCACAUGCACCAACGGCCUGUGCAUCCACAAAGACUGGCUAUGCGACGGCGACGACGAUUGUCGCGACAACUCUGACGAAACCGACUGCACCAAAGACAAGUGCAGAGAAAAUCAAUUUACGUGUGCCACCGGUGAGUGCAUACCAUCACACUGGCGUUGUGAUAAGGAGGCUGACUGCCCUGAAAAUUCCGACGAGAUCGACUGCCCAUUAGACUUGAUACGCUGUGCGGAGGCAGAAUUUCAAUGCGACAACAAGAAAUGCAUUCGCAAAGACUUCCAAUGUGACGGCGACAACGACUGCGGCGACUGGACCGACGAGGACUUCUGCCCGAUGAUGCCCGGUAGCUGCAAUGCUGGCGAAUUUAAGUGUAGCGACGGCAAAUGCAUCCCAGAGCGAUGGCGCUGCGACACCGAGCGCGACUGCUCGGAUGGCGGCGACGAGCUCAACUGCGAACACGGGAUGCGGAACUGCACCACCGACGAAUACACCUGCGCUGAUAGGCGAUGCAUAUUGAAAACAUGGCUUUGUGAUGGCGUCCGUGACUGCUCAAAUGGUGAAGACGAAAUGCAUUGUCAAGUAUUUUGUGAAGAAGACCAGUACACGUGCGCGACUCAGGAUCAUCUGAUCAGCAGCGCGUUUAGGAACUGCGUGAAUAGAAAACAUGUGUGCGACGGAAUGAAGGACUGCCCUAAAGGUGAUGACGAGGAAAAAUGUCCAAACAAGAGGAAGUGCAGUCCAGAAGAUAAAUGCGAGAAGCAAUGUAUCACUACUUAUGAUGGACUCCCGGCGUGUGCUUGUCCUUUGGGUUUCUCAUUGGCAGAUGAUGGUUUUAGUUGUCGCGACAUAGACGAAUGCAUGUAUGAGCAAGAUCCAGUCUGCUCCCAAACAUGUUCUAAUACGAUGGGUAGUUUCCAAUGUGGAUGUAUGACAGGAUAUGUCCUUCGUCCUGAUGCUAGAUCUUGCAAACCUACGGGAGAGUCGCCAACUCUGCUGUUUUCGAAUCGCAUCGGAAUUAAACAGGUUUGGCUCACUGGCGAUAACUACAUGUCUGUUGUAAAAGGACUUCAUAAUGCGGUAGCAUUGGACUAUCACUACGAAAAACAGCUAGUCUUUUGGACUGAAAACAAUCUGCGAGUCAUUCGUGUGGCACAAAUGAACAACAAUAACAUUACAGAUGUUAUAAGGUGGGGUUUGGAAACACCAGGUGGUGUGGCAAUAGAUUGGAUCCAUGAUUUAAUUUUUUGGACAGACUCUGGAACCAGACGUGUUGAAGUAGCUACUUUAGAAGGUCUCCAUAGGGCGGUAAUAGCAGCCAAUGAUUUGGAUAAACCGAGGGCUAUAGCUGUUCAUCCCGGAGAUGCUUUGGUGUUUUGGACCGAUUGGGGUCCUAAUCCAAAAAUCGAGCGAGCUGAUAUGGACGGCAACAAUCGCAAAAGUGUCAUUGUAAGUGAGAUAUUCUGGCCCAAUGGCCUGACUAUUGACUACAUUGAAUCUAAGAUUUACUGGGCGGACGCAAAGCACCAUGUUAUAGAGAGUGCAUCUUUCGAUGGAAGAAAUCGAAGACGGAUCACGAAUAAAGGAUUGCCCCAUCCAUUCGCAUUGACAAUGUUUGAAGACGCAAUUUAUUGGACCGAUUGGCAUACGAAGAGUAUAUCAACUGUCAAUAAGAGGACUGGAAUGGGAAUACAAACUGUCCAUGCUGGAUUACAUGCUCCUAUAGAUAUUCACAGUUAUCACCCGUUGCGCCAACUGAGGACGUAUAAGAACCGUUGCGGUGGAAAUAAUGGCGGAUGCUCACAUCUAUGCCUUCCUAACAGCAAUGGCUACUCCUGCCGAUGUCCUGUUGGCUUUAAUUUGAAUUCUGGCGGACGAACAUGCGAUGAAUCUCCGGAAAAACUUUUACUGUAUGCCCAAAGGAAAGAUAUUAGACUAAAACAAUUAUACCCACGCAAGCAAAUGGAUUCCUUAGACAUGGUGAUACCGGUGGACCAUAUCAAAUCGGCCAUGGCUUUGGACUGGGACCAUAACAGCAAUUCAAUAUUCUGGACCGAUGUUGAAAAAGAUACCAUCAAUCGAGCUUAUUUGGAUGGGUCCAAUCAGACGGUUGUUGUAGGGUCUAAUCUAAUUUCUCCUGCUGGCUUGGCAUAUGACUGGUUAACUGACAAGUUAUACUGGACUGACGCUGGAACUAACAGAAUUGAGGUGGCCAAUGCUAAUGGCAGCAUGAGAACCCUAUUAGCCUGGAAAAAUAUUGACAAGCCCAGAGAUAUUGUAUUAAAUCCUAAAGGAGGGGUGAUGUAUUGGUCGGAUUGGGGUCUGAGCCCCUGCAUUGAACGGGCGGACAUGGAUGGCGGAAACAGGAAACGUAUCAUCACCGGUGACAUGGUUUGGCCCAAUGGUUUAGCCCUAGACCUUGAUCGACAGCGUAUUUACUGGACAGAUGGAGGCAAUAAAACUAUCCAGUAUGCCCGUUUAGAUGGCACUGGAAGAACUAUUUUGAUAGGUCAGGACCUUUCACAUCCGUUCGGCCUGGACUUAUAUGGGGAUGAAGUGUUUUGGACAGAUUGGGAUACACAAUCCAUACAAGCUGCUAAUAAGGACACUGGAAACAACAGAAGAACCCUUGGAUCUGGUGUUGCUGGUAUUAUGGACGUCAGGGUUUUCCACAAGGAAAGGAUCAGUGAAGCUAAUCAGGCACCAAAAAACAAUGGAGGCUGUUCUCAUUUAUGCUUGCUAAAGCCAAGAGGCCGUUCAUGUGCUUGUCCCAUUGGAAUAAAAUUAAGCAAGGACGGUAAAACCUGCACGGACGGUCCUAUAAACUUUCUAAUCUUCGCCCAUCGCACCGAUAUUCGCGUGAUUUCGCUGGACGUGCCCUACCAAAUAGACGUUGUGUUGCCCCUGCCGCCACUAAAGAACGCCCUUGGAGUUGAUGUUGACCAAAAGACGGGUCUUAUAUACUGGACUGACACCGCUGAGAGGAAAAUUCAACGCUCUAAUAAAGUUGGUGAAAAUAUCGAAACAAUAAUUGGCAAAGGUCUUCAUACUGCAGAUGGUAUCGCGAUUGAUUCAAGCGGGAGGAAGAUUUAUUGGACUGACGGCGGCCGUAAUAGUUUAGAGGUCGCUGAAUUAGAUGGAAGCAAUCGAAAAGUUUUAGUGUGGACUGGGCUAGAUUCUCCAAGAGCUAUUGCUUUACACUAUAAUCUGGGUUACAUGUUUUGGUCGGACUGGGGCACUUCAGCUAAAAUUGAAAGGGCCGAUAUGGAUGGCAAAAACAGGCGUGUUAUUGUCGAUAACGACAUUAAAUGGCCAAAUGGUUUAGCCGUUGAUCGUGUCGAGGGUCGUCUCUAUUGGAAUGACGCGAAAGUAUAUACCAUUCAGACCUCAGACUUCAGUGGUAACGACCGACGUACCAUUCUGCAUAAAGUCCAAUAUCCCUACGGUAUCGUCAUCGUGGGUCCAUAUAUCUAUUGGACGGACUGGAAAACAGAAGCAUUGCACAGAGCCAACAAGACGAAUGGGAAUGAUUCGAUAAUUAUUAGGGAGAACUUGAAAGGUCUUAUGGAUAUUCGAGCAGUUCAGAGUGAACACCUCGCGAAAAAUUCAUGCGGUCCUAACAACGGGGGUUGCUCCCAUUUGUGCCUCCGUUCACCGGAAGGAUAUUCCUGCGCUUGUCCAACUGGUAUCUUAUUUGAAAAUCAAACGGAACAACACCCAAAGAAGUGUAAGAAACAUCCAGAUAAUUUUCUUGUGUUCGCGACAAGAGGAAGCGUAGCGUUUAUAUCGUUGGACACUCCAGAACAGUGGGACGUCACCCUUCCAGUCACUGAAGUUCAGAAUUCUAUUGCAGUUGAUUUUCACUGGGACAUGAAAUUAAUAUAUUUUACUGAUGUAGAAAAGAACGUAAUAAGAUCUAUUAACAUGCUGAACAUGAGCGAUACAAAAGUAGUAGUGAAGAAUAGAUUGGAUACUCCAAAUGGCCUAGGUGUCGACUGGAUAGCGGACAAUAUUUACUGGUCGGACAAUGAGUAUAAGGUGAUCGAGGUAUCACGAUUGGAUGGAUCAUGCCGAAAAGUCUUGAUGAAUGGCCUCACAGAACCAAGAGCGAUAGCGUUAUUCCCCGCUAAAGGGUACUUGUACUGGAGCGACUGGGGCGAACACCCUAGCAUUCAACGAGCGUACUUAGAUGGAAGCCAGAGAACAGUAAUCGUAAAUAAAGACCUAGGCUUUCCUAACGGUAUAACAAUAGAUUUUAGAGACAGACGAUUGUACUGGACAGACGCUUUAAAGGACAGAAUCGACACAUCAGAUUUGCACGGUAACCACAGAGUACAGCUGAUACCCGAUGCUAAACACCCCUUUGGCAUGACACAGUUCAACGACUACAUCUUCUGGACAGACUGGUUUAAAAAAUCCGUAAUGCGAGCCGACAAGAAGACAGGAAAGAAUAUCACAGCGGUGCGAACUGACCUGGAAAUGGCGAUGGAGAUAAAAGCCGUGACUUCGGAGAAACAGCGUGGAUGGAACCCGUGCAAGGAGAGCAAUGGCGGUUGCUCGCACUUAUGUCUUUUCAAAGGACAUGAUUACAUCUGCGCCUGUCCAGAUGAAGCCGACUCAAGGCCCUGUGACACAAUUCCAAAUCCCAAGGUCGACAUUAGUCUGCGUCCACCAUAUCCCGACUACGAAAUAGAUCUGGAGAACCUCGACAAACGCCCCCCAACGCCCACUCAAAUCCCUGACACGAGUAUUAUGAGCAUCUUGCUGGUUAUUGUCGGCGUUCUGGUUUUCAUCAUUUUGGCUAUAAUUGUCCUGGCAAUUGUUUGCGUAAAAAUAAAACGCGAGCACGGCGGAGAACUGAAGGAGAACUACCGAGAAUCAAGCGGUCACAUCUCCUUCCACAACCCGAACUACAACUGCACCACCGGCGGCGGCCCCGACUCCACUGAGCGCAGACCUAAUCGAUUCCAAGGCAUCUUCAAAUAUGACAAAAGCCAGGAGCGCGUUACAAACGUGUACAUCCCGGAGGGAACCAGCUUGCUCCCGCCGCCGCCGCUACCGCCGCACCGCCAGCCGCCACGGCCCGCUACACACGACGACUUUGAGCCCGUCACGCUGCACUCCUUCGCCUAAUGCGAAUAGGAUAUUAAUGUGUAUUUCAUACUGUAGAGCAAGAACAACAAGCGAACGGAGGUGAAAAUUGAACACAAAGCGAUAUAUGAUUUUAUAUUUGGCAGUGGACUAUAGGUACAGUCGCUCUUAGAUAUAUCGGAGCGGCCAAGGUGCUCAAAAAUAUCUAAACACGUACUCUAACGCCUCGUUCAUCAGAUAUUUGUGAGCACUUUGGCCGUUCCGAUAUUGGCGACUGUACCUAUAGCAUUAGCCCACUACUGUAAAAAGUACUCAUAUGGUCUCUGAUAAAUAGGUCGUCAUAGAAUAUUGCACCAGAAGCGAUAUUCGACUGGAUAUGUUGUUAUGUACCUACAUAUCUACGAAGAAUUUCGUAUUAUGUAUUUUUGAAAACGAUACCAAUUAACCUUUACUUUAUCCAAAAAAUUACGUUGCUUUCUCCACGAAGUCUAAGUCUCAUCGUUUAUUUUCGUGUUCUUAAACUCUUGUUCGUGUCUGUUCAUCUCCGUCUCCUCCUUUAGGUAGUAUCUUUAAAGAUGUCCUGUUCUCCAAUAGACCUAUAAAUAAGAAAACUGAACUCAAUAAUCUUAACAAAAGUUAUUAAAUGAAAGGAUUUACAUCGAGCUCGUAUAAAAGCUAUACGGAUGAUAUCAGAGAAAUUUGAAUACCAAUACAGAUUAGAUGCACUUACUCGGCCAUAUUUAUUUAAUCGUAUGGCUUAAAUACAAGAAUAGGCAAUUCAUUAUAUUAACAUUAUUUGUUAGUUUUUUAAACGUCAACAUUCAGUGCUGAUCCAAGCAGCUGCGUCAAGUGUGAGAUGCAGCAGAUCUUCUGGUGGCCCUUUGUAUGGACACAGGGGGCAGCGCUGGAUAAUGUGUUCCAUGGUCUGGUCUUCUUCGCCGCAAUCACACAGAUCUCACUUGUGCAAAAAGUAGUUGCAUCGACCGUGACUAGGACUUGCAAUCGGAUAUCCGGAUAACCGUUUUAUCCGGAUAUGCGUUCACUUUUACUAUCCGGAUACUUACUAAGUUGAUGUCCGGAUAAAACGAAUACUUCGAAUACCAUUUAUGACAAAAAAUAUCGUUACAUUUUUUAAGAAAACAAUUUGAAAAACGUUGAAAGUCAGAUUGAAAACGACGUUUUCGGUUGAGUUUUUUAUUUGAGUACAUUUUAACGUUAUAAAACCUGUUUAAUUAAAUUUUACUCCUUUAUUGUCACUACUCCCUAAUUUUCUUUAAUAUUCGAGGAUAAUCUUAUGCAUAUCGCCUUAUUAUAGCUCCAUAAAAGUAACUUUCAUUAUUGGUAGCGUACGAAUAUUUUUUUAAUAAAAUGCUAACAAAACUAAAACUCUUGUAUGGAUUCAGCGGAGGAGAACAUCGAUAAAUAUUGAACUGCAGAAGUAGUUUAGCAGAUAUGAUAAGGAAGUGGCACAGAAUAGGGCUGAGUGGUGUUUGUCAGAGGCCAAGAUCCUUUUUGGGUCACUGAACCAGUGAAUUAGUAGUGAAGCAUUUUGCUUUUGAAUAAAUCUGCAAUGAAAAGCUUGAUUGACCUUAAAUUAAAUGUAAUAUCUCAACAAGAAGAGACUGUUUUAACAGUUAGAAGAAGUAUUCGAUUCUCUAAUCGAUAGUAGUCAAAUUUACAUGAAAUAAAGGCAAAUAUCUCUUGAACAACUGAAGUCAUUUAGUAAAAAAAAAAAUUCGCAGCGCACAUAACUAAUAUUAAUCAGAGCAUUGUAGAAUCGCUAUAACCCAUAAUCUGUUACAAAUACAAUUUGUGUCACCAGUUCGGAAAACCAUCUAAUCAAGUAAUUAAAGCUUAUGUAAUAUCAUUAGCAAUUUUUUUAAAAUUGUAACGUCCCAACUCAACACAAUAAUUCAUAAUAGCAUAACUCUAACCUAACCUAAAGGUUACCAACAGUAUGUUUGCACAUCAUCUUCAAAGGACAUUUUACAACGUUUAUUUUACGUGCGUCGUCGUCGCGCCUAAGGAAUCAAAUGUUGUUUGUAUACAUACCAUAAUAAUAACCUACUUAGACAAAAUCUUAUGCAAAUAAAACGUUCUCAUAAAGAUUAAUUCCCGAAGGUUAAUUUUCACAGUAAAGCAUCAGUAAAAAGUUAUUUCCAAGUGAAAUUCGGAAAAAAAAUCUGCGAAAAGGUAGGCCGCCUAAAAAUACCUUAACACUUGCUGUUACACAGACUUAUAUACGUUACACUUUUCAUAAAGUUCGUGUGAGUUUUAUUAAAUAAAAAGUAAAUAUUUGAAUUAUCCGUUUUGUCCGGAUAUCCGGAUAGUAAAAUAACAAGUAUUCGAAAUAUCCGGAUACAAAAAUGGGCGGAUAAUUGCAAGCCCUAGCCGUGACCCGUUCUGAGUCUAUUAAGCCGACACCAAUGUUUUCUCGGGACGUCAAACCCUGGGAGUCGACGUGUAGCGGCGAUGAUUUCACUUGACAACGCGUAUUGCUUUAAGACGGUGCACGACAUACCAAUGAAUCGAAGUGUUCGAAUCUCAACGUACUUUACUUGUAAACUUAUGGUUAAGUAGUUCAUUAAAGUUGUUUGUUAUGAACUUAUCAUCGAACUCUAUACGCUUUCAGUAUUUGAACUGCGUGUCUGGACAGUUGCAAUUUAACUAGGCGAUGUUUGUGUGGAACUGUGGAUUGCUCAUAAGGUUAUUGCUUUAAUUAUUUAUGACUGAAUAAACGAUUUGCGGUAGGAUAUGAUCUGGGUUUUGUUAACUGGUGAGAUAACAACAAUAUCUUUGGUUUUGUGAAGAAUGGCGAUAUGUGAACUCUUUAAUGCUGCCGUUUCAACGGCAGUGUUUUAGGUUUAGAUUAAAUACAUAAAUAAACAAGUAAAGAAAUCCAAUAUCGUAAUAUGGCGGCACAAAAUAUCCUAAAGAAGUCAAAUACCGUUCGGGUGGUUAAUUUAGAUCCAUAUUUUAACGGGAUUUAAAUUCUAAUGGUGUACCUAUAUAGGUACCUGCUGUAUGAAGAUACUUGUCAAUCGCAGCCUCUGAAAAUUAAAAAAAAAAACAACAAUUAUAUAAGCUUACUUAUUUAAUAAAUUCAUGUUACUUGUAUGGAAGCCAUCAGACUUUUUUUUAGUUAGUUCUAGUUUGUGAUUGACUGACGGUUUUAAGAAUUGAUUUUCAACGUUACCCGUGAUGAGCCGUACCUAAUAAAAUGAUAGUAUGAUAUGUACCUAACCUUAUCGUUUGUCAUAAUAAUAAAACUAUACAUAUGGUACCUACUUCUUGGCUUUGACCCUUAAGAGACAUUCAUUACCAGCCUAUGAUGCGGUACAAAACCCCCCGAAAUUAAUAACAAUUAUUUACAUAACAUAAGUAGGUACUCGUACAACAUUCCAAAAUCACCAAAUGUGCUAUUCAUUCUUUUUGCCAAUUUUCAAACAGCAUUCAAGAGGUUGUCCAGGCGGUUAUCUCAGUCACGGCGCCUCCGGGAAGGCAACUCUGUUGCGCAUAAUAGGUACCUACCUAAAUACUUCCCCACUGGCUACGAAAUGCUUAUUUAUUAAAGAGUUAUUUCCACAUCAAGAUCGUCAGAGUUCCUCUGUACCCCAGUUACUUAAACUUAGUAAUAAUCGUUAACUGAGUUCCUCUAAGUUUUAUAUUUCGGCUUUUUAGAGCCUGCUCACUUGAUUACCCUGCCUCUCAUAAAUCCCGUAUCCUGCUUAUCUUUAUCACAAACUAGUUUACGUACCUGUACUACGUUAAUCUUCGUUCGCUUUCAAGUCAACAGUUUAAAUUAAGGUAAUUCAAAGUUAUUCCGUCAAAUAUAUUACAUAUAGUAUAAGAAAAAUAACAUCCUUUUAGUAAGUAAAUAAAAGAUAAACAUAUUGUUAUAAUUUACAAAUAGGAAUAAUUAAGUAAGUGUUUAGAGUAUGAACUACUUACAGGCCAAAGGCCUUAUUUGUACAUAAAUUAUUGAUACACGAAUACCUACUUAAAGUGUAGGAAAUACUAGUGAUAAUCAUUAUUAAUAAAUAUGAAAUAUAAGGAUAAAUUCGUCCUUUCCUCUAUUUUGAUAACACGUUUGGUAAUCUCAUUCUUAUACAUGUCGGACACUUCAAUAUAACAUAAUUAUGUCUAAUUUAUGAACUAAACAUACUUAUCGCGAUGGAUUCUAUUAAAACAUUUAACAUAAAAACUAUUCUCGUAAAGAGUCUUUAAAGCUCCUUAAGAGUUAUCGAUGAUAAUGGUUGUAGUUUCCUCGAGAACGUUUGCUUUUACGGAACGAUACAACUGAAGGGUGAAAAUUGUAUAAAGAGGACACCUAGAUAUUUGUAUUAUUUUGUACAAGUUUCUAAUCUCCUACAUAUACAUGUAUCCUUGGGGCGGGUGUUAGUACCUAUGUACUAGCUUAUUAUGCACCCAUCUACUUUAGGCACGGAUAGCUGUUUGUACAGAUUUAGGAAUUGGUAUUGACAGCAAGCCUAUACACAUAUAUGUGACUUUGUAACACUAUGAAUAUAUUAAAUUGUUAAACUUAGGUAUAUAUUAUUCUAAAUAUUUUCAGUUUAAUAUUUUUAAACAAAAAAGGUGUUAAAUAUGUUAUAGAGAUAAAUUUCACCAAAAUAAAUAUGGUGACAAUAAUAUAUCAAUGUAAAUAAUUAGUUUUAAUCAUGAAAUUGUAACGUAUGUUACAUUACAUUGUAAAUAACAGAUAUUUUUUUUUAGUUUACGGGAUACUAGGUUAUGUUAGCAUGGCGCUGUUCCGGCUACUACUCGACAUUCUACUGUAAACAACCCUUCGGAGGAAUGUAAUCUAAUUUUUGAUAAAUAAUUUGUUCAAUUUCCUGAUUUUUUGCCUAUCUGCAAAAUGGAACAUAACUAUUAUAUCCAAAUGUCAAUUCAAAAUCUAGUUUGGUAAUUAAUAAGAAACUGCUGCGCGAUAUCCAAUCCUGUUUUUGACAUACUUAAGACAAAUUUUACCCGGACAGGCCGCUUUCGUAGUAGGUACUUAAUAUCUUCACGUCCAACAUAGGUCGCAGUUUCUUAAGACAAAGUCAAAAUCAGUGUGUGUUGAUAGUAAUGACAAACGGCACCCCAAUGUGAUCGCUCAUAAUUUAGCUGCAUAGGAGCUCAAUACUGCGUACCUACUCAAAGGACAAAAAAGCUCGCAAUUAAAAAUAAGAUCUGUGUGGGGCGAAUUUUGAAUUUUGAGCGCUCGAUUUCGUCACCUGAAAGUCUGUGGAAAACGGCGAAAUGCUAUUUUUGAAAUACGAGCAAUAUAAAUUGGGAAUCUAGUGGUAUGGCCCACUCGUUUUCAAUUCUAUUAUUAGAAUUUAAAUGCCUAGUAGUGCAGAUAUUAUUAAAGGGAGACCACGAAAUCGAGCGAUCGUAAUUCAGAAAUCGCCCCCCAGGCGGAUAAUUAAGGUUGUCACCGAUCCAGAGUUGUCAGAGUUAAAAAUGCAGCGCCGAAGUGCCCCAAGGUGACAAUUAAAACACCAAAACCUAGUUAAAAUAUCACAGCUAAAACAUUGUAUUUCGGGAAUCUAAUAUUGUUCCUCUAAUCAGGUAAAUCAGAUGAACGAAUCAAAUGUGUGUUUAUUGCUUUUUUUUAAUUGUGCAUUUACAUCGUGUCCUCGCGAAAAAAUGCACACAAAGUUUCACAGGGUGUUUUAAUCUAAGGUAGGAUAAGGAUGGUAAUUAAAUGAACAGAUGUCCGUCUAGCGUGACGUGCAUUCUCGCGCGCGACUCCAUACCUAUUUGAAGUCUCGCCAGAUGUAUGGAGUCGCGCACGAGAACGCAAGUCAUGCUAGCCGGUAUGGUGUCAGAGGCAAAAUAAAAUAACGAAGUUCUUUGACAUAAAUGCGAGUUGAUGCUUUUACGUUUUUAUAAAUACAAUUGUUAAAUAUGUUUAUGUAUACAUUUUCGUAUCUCAUGUUAUAAGUAAGUGAAGCAGCUAAUUAAAUACAUUACAAUACAAUAUACCUAUUCGAAAUAAUAAUUGUUCAUGAGAAGACAUCUCGUUGCAAUAAGGUACAUCGAUGGUCAUGUUAAGGUACAGACAGCACCAGAAGUAGGUAGCAGAAGAAAUGCUCUAAGUACUCUAAGUAAGUACCUAAUAUCUACUCUGUACAAAACUUUAAUUACUUAGUUAAUAGUUUUUUUUUUUGUUUUAUAAGGAGGCAAAGUUGGUGUUUAACUCCUUUCACUGUCUAUUAAAAUAUAUUUUAAAUAUAUUUUCGAAAAGUUGAAUCUUGAGCGUUGCGAGGGUCUCAAGGAACGAGAGUUAACAAACGUUGCUACCGUUUGAAACACAAAAUUGGACCGUUCAAAAUCAUCACUAAACUUAAAAGUCAAUUCCACCAGUCAACAUCAGGAAACAAACAUUUGCAUCAAACUACUUUGCCACUCUUAUGGAUAAAAUGCAACUCCAACCACAUCAUUUUUGAAGAAUAAAGACAGCUGUUAUGAGCUGGUGUGGUGAAAAAUAAUUGUGAGCACCCUUUGACAGCCACUUCUACUGUUGCUGACUGUACAACCUGUCACGCCGUUACUUUUGUGAUAGUUAGGUUUAUUAAUGAACGAUACAUUCCGCCCCCGACUGUUUGUUAGGAAUUUAAGUGAAUAUAUUAACACCAUUUUUAAAUAUUUAUUAAGAUCAAAAUAAUAUGAAAAAGCCGUGUCGCAAAUUUGAUUUAUAUUUAAAAACGGGAGCUUAGCUCCUUAUAUGGAAUAUCAGUUAUAAAUUUAAUUGGACAUUCAGCAUACUCAGGUUUAACACAUUCGCUACGAUUUUGGAGCGGUACGCCGGUAGCCAAUCCCAGCGUUUUCCCGCUUUGUAGAGGAAAGCGACUACGAACAGAAAACCCGACGAGCGGGUUCCCGGUAUUCAAUGUGUUAAGCUCAACACAAGCUAUGUAAAUGAUUAACGUUCCCAUGUAUGGAACUCUUUGAAAUGAAAACCACAUCUGUGGGUUGACAUAAACAAUACAAACUUUAAAACUUUCAAAUAUGUUGAUGCCGAUUAUAUAGGUUAUUGAUUUUGUGCUUGUUACUCAGAUGAUUUUUUAUGUAGCUGUUAAGGGAAAGAGUUAAAUAAUACCUAUAAGAGUGCUGUGAUACCAGAUGCUUUGAAAGCUAUAGGAUGGAGAACUAGAGACGGCAGUUACUUUAUUAUUAAAUAUUAAAUAUUUGAAUGUUUACUUCACCGUAAGACUAGGCCAUGUGAGUGAACAGAUAAGUUGAACGCUCAGGUUGCGUAGCCAACAUGCCAAUCGUUUACGCUCCAUAGCGAACGGAACGCAACUGUCACUGUCGCACUAAUAUGAUAUUGUGAUAUGGUAGAGCGAUAGAGAGAGAUGACUACACUACGCUACGGAGCGUUAACGAUUGGCAUGUUGGCUACGCACCCAAGGCUGAUGUAAACGUAUUUCGUUGUCCCGACACUGUUUGUGCCAAAAUUCAGUAUUAUGUUUGUCGAUUUGGCCAAAUUCAUGUCUAGGUUUAAUAUUAGGUAAAGAUUAAUACGGCUUGGGCCCCAGUGCCUCCUGGGUCCAAAGUCGUCAGAUUUAUUAUAUUGAACAUUAAAAAUAGAAUUUAUUCGAA